AUGAAAUUUGAAGUUAGUGUACUUGAUUGGUUUGCUAAACUAUGGGAAAUAGAGAAGAAUGAGUACUGGGGAUACGUCACUACUGGGGGAACAGAAGGCAAUCUUCAUGGAAUUUUAGUAGGGAGAGAGCAACUUCCAGAUGGAAUUCUAUAUACCUCAGAAGAUUCACAUUAUUCAAUAUUCAAAAUAGCAAGAAUGUAUAGAAUGCGAUGUGUGAAGGUUGCCUCUUUGAUCUCUGGUGAAAUUGAUUGUGCUCAACUAGAGACUUCUCUACUUGCCAACAAGGACAAACCAGCCAUCAUCAAUCUAAACAUAGGGACAACGUUGAAAGGCGGUAUUAAUGAUCUUGAUCUUGUAAUUAAAACAAUUGAUAAAUGUGGAUUUACUAAUGAUCAAUUCUACAUUCACUGUGAUGACGCUCUUUUUGGAAUAAUGUUGCCUUUUAUGAAACAAGCUCUAAGGAUUAGCUUCAAGAAACCUAUUGGCAGCGUAACUAUUUCAGGCCAUAAGUUUUUAGGAUGUCCAUCACCUUGUGGUGUUUUGAUAACUCGUUUGAAAUACAUCAAUGCAUUUUCAAGAGAUGUUGACUAUAUUGCUUCAAGAGAUGCCACAAUAACAGGUAGUCGUUGUGGACAUGCUCCAGUCUUCCUUUGGUAUGCUCUCACGAUAAAGGGUUUAACAGGACUUGAGAAUGAAGUGCAUAACUGCAUAUUCAAAGCACGUUACUUACUAAAUCAACUACGUGGUGCUGGAAUUGGAGCAAUGCUAAAUGAGUAUAGCAACAUAGUUGUUUUUGAGAGACCUUUAGAUGAUAAUUUUACUCUUCAGUCUCUAUGCAUUGCGAAAGAUGUUGGUUCUAGAAAUUGUGCUUGUUCAAUACACAAACUAUCAAGAAAUUAUUAG